AUGACUGUCGCGAAUACUACCAAAGCACUCUUCAUCGAUGCAGAGAACAAUCCCCAGGUCAUCGAGCGACAAGGUCUCCCGAAACCAAGCAACGGCGAAUUGCUCAUCAAAGUUCUAUACUCGGGCGUUAAUCCCGCCGACAUCAAGCAUGCGACUUUCCUUGGAAUCAACAAUACCGUCAUAGGCCAUGACUUUAGCGGUCAAGUCCUGGAAACAACAAAGCCCGACUCUGUGUACAAGCCUGGAGAUAUUGUAGCUGGAUAUACGCCCCUAGGCUUUCCUCAGCCUGUUCACUACGGAGCUCAUCAAGCAUAUAUCACAUGCCCAGAAGACAUGCUGUUCAAAGUCCCCGACAACCUGCCUCUGCCUGAUGCAGCGAGCUUGACUGUUGUUGCCAUGACAGCCGCUGAUGCGGUAUAUAACCUUUUUAAAUUCCCCCUCCCGACGGAGAACGAAAGACCAGCCUACAAUGUACCGUUUCUGCUUUGGGGAGCGACAGCUUCCGUUGGGUACUGCGCCCUUCAGUUCGCGAUCGCAAGCGGUGUGUCUCCCAUUUUUGUGACCGCAAAUCCAGCGCAAUUCGAGCAUCUACGCUCUCUAGGAGUCGAACACCUAUUCAACUAUAAGGAUAAGAACGUCCACGAAUCUAUCGCCAAGAGUCUGCGUGACUUGGGUUUUGACAAAUUCACCUACGCAUUCGAUGCAGCAGGAGCUCCUGAUUCAGGCGAUCAGGUGCUAAAAGCUGUAGCAGACGACACUUUCAUUGCUUCGACGGUCUUGAGAGACGAAAAGCGUUUCAAGAUGCCCGUUGGGGCAACCAAUAUCGACUUUGUGAUUCAACCUCCUGGGGCUCCUCACCCGAUUUCCAUUCCUGCCCGACCUGCGGACCAUGCUAGAGCUUGGGAGGCCUUGAACUGGGCCAUUGAUAACUAUGGGAAACAAUUUCGCUUGCCGCCUGUCCGUGUGGUGGACGAUACUGCUGAAGCUGCGUUGGAAGAGAUUCAGCGUUUUGUCAAGCAAGGUGGAGGAUUUUCCAAGAUUUCAAUCAAGCAACCACUAGCAUAA